AAUUUUCAUAAGAUCGUGAGGUUCAGAUUAUUACAUGUAUUUGCAUAGGGAAUACCAUAGAAUUUUACUCAAGAGUAAGAUGCGUAGCUUCUGCUAGGAACGGAGAGAAAUUGCGGAUCGGAACUAUUAUUUUUUUCUACCGUGGCUUCCCGCCCCCUCAUUGUUCUGCCUGUAGUGGCUGUAUGAGAUGGCUAUUUCGCGUUGGCCCUCAUUACAUAGACAGCAUACUUCUCCUACCAACAAUGAACGCACACAGCGGUCACAGACCACGCCACUACCAAGUCGACGCAAUCAUGUGGGCAUUCAGCUGCCGCAUCCGUCGUUCCUCAAUCGAUUCAAACGGAAGUCAUUGCCUACGGAAACCACAACUACACCUCGUAGAUUGUCUGCAGGAUCGGAUCCUAAUGCACAUAGAGGUUCUGCGGAUGCAGAUCGAAACUCUAUCAUGAUGGAUUUGGAGGUCGUUUUUGACAGCGAAGAAGGCAUGAAUGACGGAGAUCAAACUCAUGCACGAACCACACCUCGUCGUCCGCCAGUGGAUGACAACGAGUAUAGAUAUUGGAGGCUCCAAGGAAGAUCAGGAAGAAGAAAUGCGGAAGUUGGAACAAUUCGGAAAGAUUGGAGCUCCAUACCUUCACCGUUUACCUCUCAACCUAAAAUCGUCGAUGCCGGACACUAUAUUGAAAGACCUACUUACAAACGAACUUAUUAUGAACAGCCAAAUGCGUCCAGCCUCUCCACUAUGGUAGAUCCGUAUCCAACGCUGCGAAGGCAGCAAGCUGGGCAUUCUUUUGCACAUGACGACAUUGACAUUUCGAUCUCACCUUACCGAUCGCACCAGCAACAAAGAAGACAUAGCUUGAGUUGGGGAAAAAUGGAUAAGAUUAUCAGUGAAAAUAAAGGUGAACAUGACACUCUUCGACGAGUUGAUACCUUCACCUCCACCUCUACCGCUGGAACCGGACCAGGCACUCUUUCUAGGCAAUGGGACAGUGUUCGGAGGUUGAUGAAGGGGAAGACGAAGAAAAUGCCGGGCGACAAGAAAGGAAAGUCUCGAGUUAUUGACCUAGAUUUGGCUCCACCACCUCAUAUGCUUGAUCAAGACCAUUCAGAAGACUCUUCGACCGAUCACCCCACCAUCAAAAUUUUAGUACAAGAGCCAACAAUCCAUUUCAUAUCGGAUUCUCCCGUUGAUCAAACCAACGACUUUCUCAAUGUACAUCGGAGUACAUCUCCGUAUGAUGCUGAUAUUGAUUCCAUAGACGAUCGUGCGUCCCAUACCAGUCAAGCUUUGAGUGACAGUAAAGAAUUGUAAAUAAUUGAAUAGGUUUACGACAUAAUGUACAUAGUAACUACUUUUCUAAUAAUAGUCCAUGGAAGAGAUGUCUUUCCUACAGUUAUAUUGAAAGCUUGCUUUGAAUUUGCAUCCUAUCUAUUUUUUUAUUGUCAUUUUAAUGACUUGAACAUAGAAAAG